CAGCCGGCGACGGUUCCUGCGAAGAGAACUAUGGGUCAGAGCCAGAGCUGCGUUAGAUACACUCCCGAAUUCAAUUUCUUCAGAGCCGUACAGUUCGCGGAUCUGGAAACUGUAGAGUUAUCGCUGAGCAUCGACCCAGCCAUUCUCAACAGAACCACUUUCUAUGAUCGAUGCUCGGCUUUCCACAUCGCCGCUUCCAAUGGACAUUUCGAGUUGCUUUCCAUGCUGCUGGGUCGAUCUGUGAACCCAGAUCUCUUAAACAGGCAUAAGCAGACUCCUUUGAUGUUGGCUGCAAUGCACGGAAAGAUUGAGUGCGUACAAAAGUUACUCGAAGCUGGAGCAAAUAUUUUGAAGUUUGAUUCGGUACAAGGAAGAACUUGUUUGCAUUUUGCGGCCUAUCACGGCAAUCCAGAUUGCUUGCAAGCCAUUCUAUCUGCUGCCCAGUCCACAACCGUAGUCAAUUCAUGGGGUUUUGCUCGUUUCGUCAAUGUGAGCGAUGGGACUGGCGCAACCCCUUUGCAUCUAGCAGCAAGGCAAGGGCAUCGAUCAUGUGUUCGCAUUCUAUUGGACAAUGGAGCUCUUGUGAGUGCUUUAACGGCCAGAUAUGGCUGCCCAGGUAGUAGCCCACUUCACCUGGCUGCUCGUGGAGGAUCCUUGGAUUGCGUUCGUGAAUUGUUGUCUUGGGGUGCUGAUCGUCUUCAAAAAGAUGCAUCAGGGAGAAUACCCUAUUUUGUUGCAUUGAAGCGAAAGCAUGGAGCUUGUGCUGCUCUGCUGAAUCCAGGAUCAGCAGAGCCUCUGGUUUGGCCUUCUCCGUUGAAGUUUAUUAGUGAACUAAACCCUGAUGCAAAAGCUUUGCUUGAGGAAGCUCUCGUGGAGGCCAACCGAGCAAGGGAGAAGAAUAUCCUGAGAGGCACAGCUUAUUCCUUUGCUUCUCCUAUCCAUCGUGAAGCUGAGAUAAAUGAUGACUAUGAAGAUCAUGAUGACUACACGUCUGAGAUCAAUGAAUAUGAGCUCUGCUGCAUAUGCUUUGAUCAAGCCUGCACAAUUGAAGUUCAGGAUUGCGGGCACCAGAUGUGCGCUCACUGCACUCUAGCUCUCUGCUGCCACAACAGACCCAAUCCUGCAACUUCUUCCCAAACUCCACCAGUCUGCCCUUUCUGUCGGAGCAACAUUAUUCGACUGGUCGCCGCCAAAAGCUUUUUAAGUCCGAGCAAAGCAAGGCGGUCUCGUAACUUAACAGAAGGCAGCAGCAGCUUUAAAGGCUUGCCUUCCACAAUGGCAACCAUAGGAAAAAUGGGCUCUCGAAUAGCUGAUAGCAGUGAUAUGCUUGAUAAGCCUUGAAAUAAAUGAGAGGUUGGAGGCAUUUAAAUAAUGAGCCGUGAAUGGAAUUAAGGUAUGCAUUCUGUUGUAAUCUUCUUUAUAUCAUAACUUCACUUUUAAUGAGUUAUUCAUUUCACCAUUAAAUUUGGCGUGAAAAAGCAUGUAAAAGUCUUGGAAGUCAUGUGACUCUCUAUGAUUGAGCAAAGGUAUCUCGUAUGACA